AUGAUCUGCUUCUUCUCCACCUUCGCUGCGCCACCUCUCAUGCCCGUCAUCCGUGACAACCUCGGACUCACCAAGGUGGACAUUGGCAACGCCGGCAUCGCCUCAGUCGCUGGAGCUGUGGUGUCUCGGCUGCUCAUGGGCACCAUCUGCGACCUCGUGGGGCCUCGCUACGGCUGCGCCAUUCUCAUGAUGAUCACGGCGCCUGCCAUCUUCUGCAUGCCUCUGGUGUCCACUCCGGUGGGAUUCAUCCUGGUGCGAUUCUUCAUCGGUUUCUGCCUGGCGACGUUCGUGUCGUGUCAGUUCUGGAUGAGCUCCAUGUUCAACAGCAAAAUCGUGGGAAUCGCUAACGGCACGGCAGCCGGAUGGGGGAACAUGGGAGGAGGCAUCGUUCAGCUGGUGAUGCCCUUGGUGUUCGACAUCAUCCGCCGAGACAUCGGAUCAGAGAAAUUCACUGCUUGGAGGAUCGCCUUCUUCGUCCCCGGCGUGCUGCAAGUGAUGAUGGGAUUGCUGGUCUUGACCCUUGGCCAAGAUUUGCCCGACGGAAACUUCGCCGAGCUCAAGAGAGAAGGCGAGAAAGUCAACGACAGCUUCAAGAAGGUGUUUUUGUACGCUGUCACCAACUACCGCACGUACAUUUUUGCUUUAACCUACGGCUAUUGCUUCGGAGUGGAGCUCACAGUCGACAACAUCAUCGCCGAGUACUUCUACGAUCGCUUCGACCUGAACCUGCAAACUGCGGGAAUCAUCGCAUCCACAUUCGGGCUCAUGAACUUGUUCUCUCGCCCUCUGGGAGGAGUCCUGUCUGACGUUGUGGCCGCGAGGUGGGGAAUGAGAGGUCGCCUCUGGAAUCUGUGGAUCAUCCAAACCGUGGGAGGAAUUCUGUGCAUCGUUCUGGGACUCACGGGUCAGCUAGGACCUGCCAUCGCCGUCAUGCUCAUCUUCUCGUUCUUCGUCCAGGCAGCUUGCGGAGCCACCUUCGGUGUCAUUCCAUUCAUCUCCAGAAGAUCACUCGGAAUCAUCUCUGGCGCCACUGGAGCAGGUGGAAACAUUGGAGCUGUGACCACUCAAGGAAUUUUCUUCAUGAGCUCCAAGUACUCGACGGAGAACGGAAUCAUGCUGAUGGGCAUCAUGAUCGUGGCCUGCACUCUGCCGGUUCUGUUCGUGUACUUCCCUCAGUGGGGAAGCAUGUUCUGCCCUCCGUCCAAGGCCACGGAGGAAGAUUAUUACAUCUCUGAGUGGAGCAAGGAAGAGCAAUCCAACGGUCUCCACCAUGCUAGCUUGAAAUUCGCCGAAAAUGCCAAGUCCGAGAGAGGUCGCCAGUCGCCACCGAUUUCCAAAGAAGAAACCAUCGGUGUGGAUCGACUUUGAGAUCGAUUGACAACUUUACUAUAUUUCCACUUAUCACAAUCCAUUGCCUGAAGUGUCGAUCAGUCGCAGCGACAUCUCGAAUCCAGACACCUUUGUUCCAAGGCUCUUAUUACCGAACACCACACUACUUCGAGUGCCCCGGAGCUUGGAAUGAAGCUGCUUCUUCCACUGAGAUGAACAUCAACGCUUUUAUACGAUUUGGAGUGCUUCGGAGAGCUCCCACCAAAUCCUGGAGAAUGUCUGACUGCGCUGGACGGAUGAAACGGACUUAUUUGAAAGUUAUUGCGACUUUGUAGAAGAGAUUGUACAUUUUGUCGGCUCUCUGAUGUAGAUGAUAUGUCAGAAGCGUCUGCUGUUAUCGGUUCUUUCAAAUCAUACACCACGAAUGUCCAUUUCUUAUCAUAGAACUUUAAAAAUUUUGUAGGAGGCAUAGCUAGACCCACCCAUUCCAGCCCCGCGAUGACGGGGAGGACUUAAGACUGGAUGGAGCUUCCUUCGAGCUCUGCUAUGUUGUUGACGGUUUAGUUACUUCUCUGUGCAAUAAAAAAAUAAUC